UCCGCUGUGUUGCUGCGGUCGGACAGUGACACGGAGCGAGCCCCAAAAAACAAGUUUUAAAAACACACAUUUAGCGCCCCAGAGUCUCCCAGGGAGGCUCCGGCACCGCCAGCGGCUCCUCACCCUCCCUCCCCCCGGCAGAGACACCUCUCAGCCCGCCUCGGAGCUCCGCGGGGCCCGGCGAGGCGAGGCGGGAGCAGAUGGAGCCUGCUGCGGCCAAAGCGAAGCCGCAGGGCCGGCUGCUGCUGUCCACACAGCUGGAUGCUAAAGAUGAGCUGGAAGAGAAAUUGGAGCGUUGCGUUGGGAUCGUCCAGGGUUUGACCAACGGGCUUUCAGAGAGAGAAGCCAACGAUGCGCUUACUGCCAACGUGUGUAAAGGUCAGCAGCAGCAUGAGGAGGUGUGUCUGGGUCUGUUCACUCUGGCCCUCACCGAGGCGGCCCAGGCUCAGAGGUGUUACAGAGACCUGACGCUGCUCAACAGAGACGGGAUGAAUGUGAUCCUGGUGAAGAUCAACCAGAUCCUGAUGGAGAAGUUCCUCAAACUGCAUGACGUCCCCAGAACACAGCUGGUGUGGUUGGUCAGAGAGCUGGUGAAGAGCGGUGUGAUAGGAGCGGACGGCGUCGUCAUGACGCUGCUGAAACAGAUCGCAGGUGGAGACAUCUCAACUAAGAAUCUGUGGCUGGCUGAGAACGUCCUCGACAUCCUGCUGGACCAAAAGGAAUGGGUGCUGAAGAGCGGGAUGCUGAUCGCCAUGUCGGUCUACACGUACCUCCGCCUCAUCGUCGACCACGGGACGCCGAACCUGCUCAUCCUGCGGCAGAAGGAGGUCGACUACUGCAUCAGCAUGCUGAGAGAGAAGUUCAUGGAGUGUCUGAUCAUCGGCAGAGAUCUGGUCCGCCUGCUGCAGAACGUGGCCCGGAUCCCCGAGAUGGAGCUGGUGUGGAAAGACCUGCUGCACAACCCCGCGGUCCUCAGUCCUCAGUUCACUGGUCUUCUCCAGCUGCUGACGGCUCGGACCUCCAGGAAGUUCCUAGCGUGCCGGCUGACGCCCGACAUGGAGACGAAGCUGCUGUUCAUGACGUCACGGGUGCGGUUCGGGCAGCAGAAGCGCUACCAGGAUUGGUUCCAGCGGCAGUACCUGUCCACGGCCGAGAGCCAAUCACUGCGCUGCGACCUCAUUCGCUACAUCUGCGGCGUCGUUCAUCCGUCCAAUGAGGUGCUGAGCUCUGACAUCCUCCCGCGCUGGGCUAUCAUUGGCUGGCUGCUCACCACCUGCACGUCGAACGUCGCCGCCUCCAACGCUAAGCUGGCGCUCUUCUAUGAUUGGCUGUUCUUCAACCCCGAGAAAGACAGCAUCAUGAACAUAGAGCCGGCCAUCCUGGUGAUGCAUCACUCCAUGAAGCCUCAUCCUGCCAUCACUGCCACUCUGCUGGACUUCAUGUGCAGGAUCAUCCCUCACUUCUUUCCUCCGCUGGAGUCUCAGGUUCGUCAGGGCGUCUUCAACUCGCUCACCUUCAUCAUGGAGAAGAGAGUGCUGGCCCACCUCGCUCCGCUGUUUGAUAAUCCAAAGUUGGACCGAGAGCUUCGAUCGAUGCUCAGAGAGAGAUUCCCUGAAUUCUGCAGCUCGCCUUCCCCCCCGACUGAAGUUAAAAUGGAGGAGGCGUCUUCCUUGGAGAUGGACAACCACGUGUUGGAUAAGGAGGAGGGUUGCUAUGACAGCACGGAGGCGGCCUUCAGCGACGAUGAGGAGGAAGUGAACAACAAAGGGAAAAAGCGGGAGUUCAGGUUCCAUCCAAUCAAAGAGGCCGUUAUAGAGGAGCCCGCUGACAUCACACCCUGGAUCGACCAAUUAGACGACACCAUGAAGGAGAAGGUGCUGCAGCUGCAGAAGUCCAGUGACACGGACACUCAGUGUGAGGUGAUGCAGGAAAUCGUGGAUCUGAUCCUGGAGGAGGACUUUGACACGGAGCAGAUGUCGGCUCUGGCUUCCUGUCUGUCUGAACUGUUCAAAGAUCAUUUCAGAGGAGACGUUCUGCCAGAGGAGAUCACUGAGGAGUCCCUGGAGGAGUCGGUGUGUAAGCCCGUGUGUCUGGUGUUCAGGAACCUCGUCACCAUGCAGGAAGAUAACAGCGGCUUCUCCGUUCUGCUCGACAUGCUCGCCGAGCUCUACCAGAAACAGCCCAAGAUCGGUUAUCACCUGCUCUACUACCUCAAAGCCAGUAAAGCGGCCAACGGGAAGAUGAUGCUGUACGAGUCGUUCGCCCAGGCGACGGCGCUCGGUGACCUACACACGUGUCUGAUGAUGGACAUGAAGGCUUGUCAGGAGGACGACGUCAGACUGCUCUGCUACCUCACACCCUCCAUCUACUCUGAGUUUCCAGAUGAGACGUUACGGAGCGGUGAGCUGCUCAACAUGAUCGUGGCCGUCAUCGACUCCACGCAGUUACAGGAGCUGAUGUGUCAUGUGAUGAUGGGGACCUUGGUGAUGUUCAGGAAAGAUUCAGUACUCAACAUCCUCAAAGGGUUAGGGUAUAAGAAGAUUGCUAACACUCUGAAACAGAGCUACAACACGGUGGCCAAGAUCAUACAGCGGUUUUCCAGGACAGGUUCCACUCUGAACAGGCCUCGCCAGGGUCGACCAGAGAAGUUGAGUCCAUGUGCUCAGCGUCAUAUCCAGAGAUUGGCUUCAAAAAAUAGACAAAUGAGUGCUACCUGCAUUGCUGCAGAGGUUGAAGAGGUGGAGGGUCAGCCUGUCAGUGCUCAGACCAUACGACGUACACUGCAUCACAUUGGUCUGCAUGGCCGUCGUCCCAGAAGGAAGCCUCUUCUGAAGCUGAUGCACAAGAAUGCCCACAAACAGUUUGCUGAAGACAAGCAGUCCAAGAACAUGGCUUACUGGAACCAAGUCCUGUGGUCUGAUGAGACCAAGAUAAACUGGUUUGGCUCAGAUGGUGUCAAGCGUGUGUGGCAGCACCCUGGUGAAGAGUACAACCACCUACAGCCAAGCAUGCUGGUGAAACUGGGCCGCAGGGCAGUUUACCAACACGAUAAUGACCCCAAACACACCUCCAACAUGACAACUGCCUUGCUGAGGAAGCUGAAGGUGAAGGUGAUGGACUGGCCAGGGUUCAGUGACCUCUUCGCUCUGGCGGAGGAAUACGAGGAUUCUCAGUCGAAGCCUCUGAAGUCUCGUCGCAAAGCUCCGGCCACGUCGCCUCGCUCACGCAAAGGAGCCGCCCCCCCCACCAACAACGACGAGGAGAGCGGCUCCAGCAGCGCCUCGGAGGAGGAAGACUCGAAGCCCAAAGCUCCUAAGAGGAAGAGGAAAGGCUCGUCGGCCGUCGGCUCCGACAGCGACUGACGGACUCCGACCUCCUGACCAAUCACACGCCAGCUGCCAGAGACACCGUCAGCCAACCAGCAGCUCCGACUGACUGACCGCUGCGAGAGGCCCCGCCCCCCUCCUCCUCACCCCCCCCCCCCCCCCCUCCUCCAAUGACACGCACUGAAGCGGCGGGAGGGGCGGGGCUCCGAGGCGCAGCAGCAGACUUUUUUUUAAAUCCAUGAGGGGAAACGGACUUUAUGACGUAAUGAGACUGAUCAUGUUUCCAUGGAGACGACCCGCCAAACUCGGCAGGUCAAAGGUCAACCGUGUGGCUGAAUUUCCCACGAUGCACUGUGAGGAGAAAACCACGAACUCUGGGAACCAAAAGACUGAUUUUAACACAGGGAACAUGAUGAUGAUGAUGAUGAUGAUGAAUAAUGAUGAAGAUGAGUGCGGUUGUUUGUGGGUACUUUUGUCUUUUUUUUCGGUUCUUUCCCUUUUUUCUUUUU